AUGGCUCUUGUGGCAUCAACCUUCAUCUUCCCCCAAAUGGGCCUGCAUGAUCCAGCCGCCCUGGCUCUUUCCUCACCGGUGUUCAGGGAGUUCUUGGAUAACUUUGACGGGUACACCUUCAAGUACCCCCAGAACUGGAUCCAGGUCCGGGGUGCAGGCGCUGACAUCUUCUUCAGGGACCCUUUCGUCCUUGAUGAGAACAUCUCUAUGGAGGCGUCGUCCCCUUCGUCCUCCAGGUACAAGAGUGUUGAAGAUCUGGGAACCCCGCAGGAUGCUGGGGAGAAGGUAUUGAGGCAGUACCUGACUGAAUUAAUGUCCACGAGGCUCGGUGUCCGGCGGGAGUCCAAAGUCCUCUCCACAUCGUCCAGAGUCGCCGAUGAUGGGAAGCUCUACUACCAAGUUGAGGUAAAGCAAAAAUAAACAAUUUAUUUUUUCUUCUUCACAUUGGUGCAUUACUAUUGAUGUGAUUACUCUAGGAUGGUUAUCUUUAUAACGUCUUAUAUGUAAUGCAUAUUUACAUUUAUGCUUCCAAGUUUGAAGAUUUCAUCACACAAAGUCCCAUUAAAUUUGAUUAUCCCACUGGAAUAGAUUCUCAGAUACCCUCAUUUUGGGCAGAAGUAGUAUUUCCAAGGAAAUAUUUGAUUAUUUAUUUCUUUAAUUUUUCAUCUUUCUGCGUUAUUGCAGCUGCAAUCAGACUUGGGUGGUAACAUUUUUUGUGCUUCUUAUCCAUAUAUAGAUUUGAAUGUACAUACUACCAAAUUUGGAGAUUUCAUGAUCCAAGUCCCAUUAGGUUUGAUUAUCCCAUUGGAACGGAUAUUUGGAUGCCAUCAUAUCAGGCAGAAGGGAUAAGCUCGGAAGAUGGAGAAUUUUCAUGCAGAAGAUUUCAUAACCCAUUUAUUUUAACGCAGAAUAAUCCAAGAGAAAGAGGAGGGUUUCUGCUUAUAAUAUUUUACUUUGUUUAUUUAUUUUUUCAUAUAGCUGUGUUGUUACUGAUGUGAUCGCACUAGGAUGGUUGUCUUUGGGAAGUCCUUCCUCACCUCUCAAACCUUUCAAUAACUAAUUUUUUUGUUUAUUUAUUUAUCGAUAUAGAUCCUCCUCUUUUGCUUGGAUUUGACUCCCUGACUUUUGCAUGAAAAUUCUUACCUUCUCUACUCAGCUCUUCUGCCGGUCAUGAUGCUACCUCUGUCUCAGUGGGACGUUGAAUGUAAAGGGAUUUUGGUGCUUAUGAAAUCUUCAAACUGGGCAGUCUAUGCAUAUAAAUAUUAAUUUCUAUAUCGAUAAAUAGUAGAUAAUAAAGAUGACCACUAUCCCGUCAUCUAAUCACUAGUAAUGUAGCAACAUAAAAAAUAAGUAAAUUCAUUAAUAUCUUAUUGAAAGUUCCCCAUCAUCCGACCUUACCUCUUCUGCCCACUACAAUGGCAUCUGACUAUCUAUUCCAGUGGAAUUAUCAAAUGCAAUGAGAUUCUGUGUCAUGAAAUAUUCAACUUUGGUAGUAUACAUACAAACACUUGCACAGAAACAUAUAUGAUAUGAUAUAUAUAACAUAUUGUUUGGGAUUUUUACUCUUGUGUCACAAGUUCUCUGGGGAAUUGGGUGCAGAUCAACAUAAAGUCAUAUGCAAACAACAACGAGCUAGCGGUGAUGCCACAGGAUAGGAUUGCCAAGCUUGAGUGGGACCGGCGGUACCUCUCGGUGCUCGGUGUGGAGAACAACCGGCUGUAUGAGCUGAGGCUGCAGACCCCCGAGAACGCCUUCCUCGAGGAGGAAGAGGACCUCCGCCAGGUGAUGGAUUCAUUCAGGGUAUUCAAGGCACUGUUGUGA